AUGGACAUCAUGACCCUCGUCUCAUUGCGAAUUUGCUACUGUGUUGCCACCGCCCUUGCGCUUCGUCCGCCGCCUACGCUGACGCUUUCUUACCUGCCUUGAUGAUAUUUCGGAAUCAUUCAAGUCGCUAGUCACAUCAUGGCCAUCGUGGGGGUCGCUAUGUUCGUCAUAGAAGUCACUGUGUCCACGGUCGCUGUCGCUGUCGCUGAGUCCAUAAUCAUAGAAGCCAUCACAGGUAGAAUCUACCUUGCCGCCUCGCUAUAUGGUACUCGUGCUGCCUCCGAUGAGGGAGGCGACAAACUGAGCAGCUGGACCAUCGCCUACAGUCUUGCACUCAGUGAUGGUGAGUCUUGGCCGUGCCUUUGACAACGCGUUCAGCGCCUUUGCAGACAAGGAUUGAUCCAUCAGAUAGAGCUUCUGUAAAUCAGGGGCCAGUGUUGGGUCUGUUGCGAUUUGCGUAAGGCUGUCGCCUUUGAUUCCACCGCGACAUUUGUCGUGACCGGUGAUGCUGAUGGCUUUGAUAUGUGGGCAAUGCUCCGUCAGCGCAAGCAGGGAGAGGUCUGUCAGCUUCGUGGCCGAUUCAAAUAUCGUUUCUUCCAGCUGCGGUGCGGCUUUCGCGAGUUUUAUGAUGAACUCGUCCGAUAUUUCGCUCCCUCUCCCAGAAUCGGUA